AUGAACUCACAAACAAUGUCACAAAGACUAGCGAUUCCCCAUUUGCUCCCCUACACGGCCAUUGAACCUUUAUCUGAUCAAAUUAAACUCUCGUCCAAGAUCUUCAAGUCCACUUCUAUGAAGGCCAUCACAGAGGCAUAUAACACAACACUAAUAGAGGCCAUACUCGUUCCCGAAAUAGAGCACCAAGUCAACUAUCACCACAAGGUGAAACCACUUGAAGAAAUCGUCAAUGAAAAGGGCCCCUUCAGAGUCCGUAUAAGGUAUACUAAUGCUGGAACAAUCCUGAUUCCCUUUCUCAAGACUCAAACUCCAAGGCUUCAACCCAUGAAGGAAGUGGGAAUUGCUGUUAAGAACCUGGUCAGAGACGCGGAAAUACGAAAGAAUUGGGAGUCGACCACCUCCCCUUCUUCCAAUGACAAAAAGACCACCGAUGGAGCUUUUGAAAUCGGAUGGUACCGAGUGUACGGGCCCAAAGCGACCAUGUUCUCGAAAGAGCACCACGCAGAACUCCACUCACAAGAAGCCUUGUGGGAGUUUUUGCUUGACCAGGAGCUCUUAAAGGGAGUUGAUGAGAAUGGAGAGCUGGUGACGGUUGAGGAGGUCAGGUCAGAUGUUUCUCAGAUAAAAAAGUCAUACACAGAUUCGUGGUUGCAAACUCUAAAUGAGGUUUCGGGGUACUUUGCUCUGAGGUGCGAUCAGCACUAUCAGAAGUACGGUGGUAGGUACAUCAACGCAUUGUUCGACGAGAAGAUCAAAUGGCAGAACCGAAUGGACGAGACAUUCGAGAAGAAGAUUCGAUCGUACGAGCAGCUUAUCAACAGCUUAGAAGUUGACAGAGUGACCAUGCACUCUGACCUUGUAAGUCCCAAGUCAAAUGGAUCAUCCUCUGACAAACAAUUGGUUACAAACGAUAAAAGAGUCAAGAAACGCAGAGUGGGCAUGGGACUCCAUGAACGCAGAGGGCUCGGUAAGAGACUCGGUGACUACAUGGAGGAGAAUGGAGUUCCGUGCUACAAAAUUGGCAUGAAGUUUGACAAAAAGUUCCGGUUCUAAUGUAAAUUUAUCGUUAAAUUCGUUUCUGAGACAGUGUCUGAGAUAGUCAUCAAUAUACAAAUGUAUCAUACGGUAUACCCGUUGUAGUGCUUGUUGGUAGUGAUAUACCCGUCGAUUUUACGAGGAUUGUAAGGAAACUCCUCAUCCUCAUCAUCGUCAAGGACAGCAGAGUCAUCCUCAGCACCUUCGGGCAACGGAGUGUCCCGCUCCACUAUCUCGAAAUCUUCAAUCAAUUUGAUCAAUUCAGACGUAUCAUGACCAGGCUCAUCAUCUUCCAUGGUCAAGCCAUUCAUCAUUCUUACUACUUCCAGGAGUGAUUUACCCUGGUUCUUCAACUCGUGAUGUUUGGCAAGCACCUCCUCUAAGCAGGUAAUUCCAUUUUCAUACCACGACCCGGGGUAGUGGAGUGGGAACGGAGGUGCUACAACGAUGUUCUUUCGGGCGAAUACCGCUUCCGAAGAAAGUUGGUUUCGGUAGAAUAAUGAUGCUUGGUAAUGCUCCUUACAACAAUACUGCGACAAGUAUGUGUUGGGUAAGAUGAUGGAUGGUUUUCUAUUGUAGAUCUGGAAUUUGGUUUCGCCAUUAUUGCAGGUGGUGGUUCCAUUACUGUUACUCGACAAACGACGAACCUGAUGCCUGGGGGUAUUCUGGCACGUUAUAUAUCCACAUUGGUGUUCGAUGUUUCUCUCCUCCACGAUUUCAUCGUACGACUGCUGGGUAAGAAACCGGCUCAAGAACUUGAGGAGGUCUAUAUCCACAGGGUGAUCAAUGAGAAGUUCGGUGAUGACUAGCAGUAAUUUGGAGGUAUCGGCGGGGGUUAAUAACUCUCUUCCGCCGAAGGGUUCCAACCGGGGAAUGAACUGUGGCAAGGUAAGUAAAGCCAUUGAUGGACAAAAAUAGGUAUAUUGGCAGGUUUAUGAAUUUUGAACCCAAUCGGUAUCGAC